GCGGGCAGAUGGCGCCUGGCGGAGCUGUUGCGCAGCCAUUGGUACCUGUAUUGGGGAAACAUAGCAUACAAGCAAGAAGCUUACAGCCUCAGUGGCGAAAAUUUUUUCAUGUCAGAGACCGAGAACUCUUGCAGUCGUUUAUGUCAUCCCUUCUUCUCCAGACAGAAGAUACCAAAAAGUUGCAAUCAAAGAUCUCUUCAUCUUAUUGAUAAAGUCACUAAUAAGCCAAAAUGUCUGUCAACGUCAACCGCAGCGUUUCAGACCAGUUCUAUCGCUACAAGAUGCCCCGUCUGAUUGCCAAGGUUGAGGGCAAAGGGAAUGGAAUCAAGACAGUUAUAGUCAACAUGGUUGACGUUGCAAAGGCGCUUAAUCGGCCUCCAACGUAUCCCACCAAAUACUUUGGUUGUGAGCUGGGAGCACAGACCCAGUUUGAUGUAAAGAAUGACCGUUACAUUGUCAAUGGAUCUCAUGAGGCGAAUAAGCUGCAAGACAUGUUGGAUGGAUUCAUUAAAAAAUUUGUUCUCUGUCCUGAGUGUGAGAAUCCUGAAACAGAUCUGCAUGUGAAUCCGAAGAAGCAAACAAUAGGUAAUUCUUGUAAAGCCUGUGGCUAUCGAGGCAUGCUUGACACACAUCAUAAACUCUGCACGUUCAUUCUCAAAAACCCACCUGAGAAUAGUGACAGUGGUACAGGAAAGAAAGAAAAGGAAAAGAAAAAUAGGAAGGGCAAAGACAAGGAAAAUGGCUCUGUAUCCAGCAGUGAGACACCACCCCCACCACCCCCAAAUGAAAUCAGUCCUCCUCCACAUGCUGUGGAAGAGGAGGAAGAUGAAGACUGGGGAGAAGAUACAACUGAGGAAGCUCAGAGGCGCAGAAUGGAUGAAAUUAGUGACCAUGCAAAAGUCCUGACACUCAGUGAUGAUUUGGAAAGAACCGUAGAAGAGCGUGUGAAUAUCCUGUUUGAUUUUGUUAAGAAAAAGAAAGAAGAGGGCAUUAUUGAUUCAUCUGACAAAGAAAUUGUUGCUGAAGCAGAAAGACUAGAUGUAAAAGCCAUGGGUCCUCUUGUUCUGACUGAAGUUCUUUUUAAUGAGAAGAUUAGAGAACAAAUUAAGAAAUACAGGCGCCAUUUCCUCCGAUUCUGUCACAACAACAAAAAAGCUCAGCGGUAUCUUCUUCAUGGUCUGGAGUGUGUGGUGGCGAUGCAUCAAGCACAGCUCCUCUCUAAGAUUCCGCAUAUCUUGAAGGAGAUGUACGAUGCAGACCUUUUGGAAGAGGAAGUCAUCAUCAGCUGGUCGGAAAAGGCCUCUAAGAAGUAUGUUUCAAAAGAACUUGCCAAAGAGAUUCGUGUCAAAGCGGAGCCAUUUAUAAAAUGGUUGAAGGAGGCAGAGGAAGAAUCCUCUGGUGGUGAAGAAGAUGAUGAAGAUGAGAACAUUGAGGUGGUUUAUUCGAAGACUGCCAGUGUACCGAAAGUUGAAACUGUGAAGUCUGAAAACAAGGAUGACGACAUUGAUAUCGAUGCCAUUUAAAAGGAAGGAUGCGACCUAGCUAACAGUGUAAUGCUACAAAUUGUUCUCCAUUAUCAGCCAGAAGUGCAACAUGUAUGUGCAGAAGCUAAAAUGGCUUAACAUCGUGCUACACUUUAUACUAAAAUCUACUGUGAGUGGUCUGUAAUUAAGCCCAGUGAGACAUCUAGGGAGUCCAUACACAUCAAUGAGCAGAUGUAGUUUGCUUAUUUAUAGCAUGUUUCUUUUGGAAAACCUAGUGGUGGACGUAUUUGGAUCACAUUUAUACAGUAAAAAAAUAAAGAUUUGAUUUUGGUCAUUUCUUCAGAUUUUGGGCUCUGAAUGACACUAAAUAAUUGGCCCCUGUUUAAAAUGUUGCACCAUCCUUUAUCCGGUUGGGUUCUUGGAGCCUGGUAGGUUCUGCUAAGUGCUGAGAUGUAAGCACAGACUAACUUGGAAUUACUUUAUUCAGCCUUUUAGAGCACUUUCAUGUUUGAUUUCUAGUCCCUCGAGUUGGCAUACAGUAAUUCUGGGAUAGACUGGUAACCAGAUGAUAGUUAAACAUCUUAAUUAAAAAGUAAAUGACCUGCGUGUCCUUUAAGUAAUUUUUAAGAGCAAAUUUUGAAAUUUAGGAUGGUGAUUUUUCACUUCAUGUACACUUGCCCCAGUUGUAGUCUUCAGUGUGCAUUGCACGUUGGGAUGAGCCAGGGAAAUUAUAAAUUUGCAGACAAGUGUUCUAUUUGUACGUAGUGGUUUUACUGAAAAAAUUCAGACUUUAGUUGUGAUUAAAUAAAACGAUUUUUGUUUGGGAGAAACAGGUGCACUUAAUCUAGUAAAAGCUGAGCAUAGUUUUUCAGCUUUUAUUCUUAAGAUUUAAAUUAUAUUUCAAAAUAUUCAAAUAUACUGUAUCCUGUGUUGUGUGUCCCCCCUCCCUUGGUGGUAUUAAGGUUUAUUCUUUAAUGCCUUUUACUUCUGAACACAGCUUAGGCAUUUUAUAUUUGGUUGCUAUUUUGCCAAAAUGUGUUACUUUGUGUUAAGGUUGACCCCCCCCAUGUCUUAAUUAAAGAGAAAUGAAAUUUAAAGCAUACUUGUAAGGCGGCAGAGCCUAUAUUUUGGUGUAAGAGGUUUAGGGUGUUCACUUCACAUUAAAUACAGCCAGGCCCCUGAGAAGUCUGGACGGUGGCUAUGGAAUGCAGGCAAUGGCCAUAGCCACCUGAAUUCCUUGCUUCCCGUUAGCUGAUGAAGGCCUAUUUGAUGGGGGUCUGGACCAGGUUUGAGUAAUCCUUUAAGAAACAGUCGCAUUUGUUCCUUCCCACAGAGUGAACCCUGGAAAUCUAGUAUGUGUGGUUAAUUCUGUGUGGAGCACUGGCUCACAUUAUUCGCCUGUUACUUUGUGAUCCAUCUCACAGAUCUUAAUAACAAAUGUGUAUGUAAAUGUUUUUCACAUUGAAAUUAUAUAGAUAUUUGAUAAAAA